ACCAAACUGGGGUCCAUGGGCUGGCUGGGCCGGGGCCCUACACGUUGGUAACUUGGUACACCGUACACUGAUAUUGAAGAGGUGGCCCGUCCCAUUUCAUCCGCGAAAAAAAAGGGGUUCAGGGAAGCUCACGCCAAGUCGUCCCUUCACCAACGCAACGCAAGGCAUCGCAUCGCAUGUCCAAGGCAAGGCAUCGCAUUGGUAGCAAAGGCAGCAACCAACCAAGCGGGAGCGGCCCCUUGCUUGGCAACCGCCCGCGUGCCUGCGUGCGGGGCCGCGGGAUCGCAGCGCAACGCGGGCGGCACCACCUGCCCACCACACCACCAUCCCUCCGGACUCCCGUCGCCGCGCCGUACGUACGUGCUGGGUGGCGGCGGCUGUUGGCUGUUGCCGCCGCUGCCACCACCGCCGCCGCGGCGCCGUGCUGUAGCUAGCGAUCGAGCGAGCAACGUAGUAGGCAGGCCGGGCGCGGCUGUGGCCGUGCGUGACGACGAAGGAAGCAAGAUGAAGCCCGGCGGCGGCGGCGGCGGCGGCAACGGCGUGACCGCGACGACGACGGCGAUCCCGCCGGACGACCUCCGCUCGCGGCGCCGCCUGGCCGCGCUGCUGGCGCCACUCCUGCUCUUCCUGGCGGCCGCGCUCUCCUUCCCCUCCACGCUCCACCUGGCCGCCGUCCCGCUCCCAACGCCGCCGAUGACGACGGUGCCGCGCCGGACCACGCCCCCGCGGGUCGCCGUCUGCCUCGUGGGCGGCGCGCGGCGGUUCGAGCUCACGGGGCCCUCCAUCGCGCGCCACGUCCUGCGCGGCGGCGCGUUCGCGGUCCCCGCGGACCGCCGCGACGCCGGCCAGGCGGCCGCCACCACCUCGGUGGACGUGGACGUGUUCCUGCACGCUCCGCUGGACGCCGACGCGUACAAGCUGCCCCUCCUCCUGGCGCCUGCAGCGGGGGCGGGCGGCGGCAGCGGCACCACCAGCAGGAAUAGCAACAACGUCGUCAGCCUCGCCGCCGUGCGCGUGUUCCGGCCGGUGUACCUCGAUGAGACGACGCCGGCGGCGCGCGCGCAGGUGCUCACCGCCGACAACUCGCCCAACGGCAUCCAGCAGGGCCUGCUGCAGUACUUCCGUCUGGUGGAAGGGUGCCUGGACAUGAUCCGCGACCGCGAGUCGCGAGGCAACUUCACCUACGCCGCCGUGCUGCGCACCCGCCUGGACGGCUUCUGGACGGCGCCGUUCCGCCUCGACGACGACGACCAACUCCUGUCCGGGUCCGCCUACGUCGUCCCGGAGGGCUCGCGCUUCGGCGGGCUCAACGACCGGCUGGGCUACGGCGGGCGGCGCGCCACGGAGGCGGCGCUGGCCCGGCUGUCGGCGCUCCCGCGGCUGGCCGCCGCCGGCCACGCGGGGCUGAACUCGGAGGCGGCGUUCGCGGCGCAGCUGGAGCUGUCGGGCGUGGCGGCCCGCGAGCGGCGCCUCCCGUUCUGCGUCCUCAGCGACCGCGCCUACGCGUUCCCGCCGGCGCCCGGGUACGGCGUGCCCGUGGCGGCGCUGGGCAGCGCCGGCCCGCUCAGCGGCGCCAAGUGCCGGCCGUGCCGCCCCGCCUGCGCCGGCGCGUGCGCCCAGCGCAGCGUCGCGCGGCUCGAGCCCGCGUGGAGCUGGACCGGCGGCGCCCUGGAGCUGUGCGACGCGUCGGGCCCCUGGGAGCCGGGGUGGGAGGCGCUGUUCGACGCCGCCGCCGGCCGCGACGCCGCCAGGGCCAGGCGGGCCGUGGCGCGGAUGGGCGCCGGAGAGUGCGUCGCCCGGAUGGAGGCGUUCAGGGCCCUCGCGGACCGGUGGGACGCGCCCAGCCCCGCCGAGAUGUGCCGGAUCGGGCUCCGAUCCCGGUCGUCGGCGUCGUCGGCGCCGCCUGCGACGGUCAGUAGUAGUGACAGCAGUGCCCACUGGCACGUACCGUCGUUGCCGAGGCAGAGCAGGCAACCAUGAGUCCAUAUAUUGCACGCAGACGCAGCUUCGCGAUGCAAAGAUUGUUUUACUGUUAGUUAAUUAGCUAGCUAGGAACACGAAUUGAAGGAAGGGGCAAUACAUAGGAACACUCCGCUAGGCGCUAGCAAUCGUAUUAGUUCAAUGUAUACUUUAUAUAAGUCGUGUUGGCAGACUAGAUAGAUACACAGUGAAUAAAUAAUACAUGCAGUUGAAAUACA